UUUCGAUCUGCUCGCAGAACAGGCAAAACUCAUAUUUUUGAUCGCUCGUUCUUGUUCUUCAUCUUCGCGUUCUAGAGUCUAGAUCUAGAACUGGAUGAAUUCUCCUGCUAAAUAGAUGACUUAGUUAUCAAACGUAAACGUUUCUCUCUAUCGUAUCUGCCAAUUUUAAUUGUCAACCAUCGCGUUUUGAUGGGAAAGGGAAGAAUGUAAUCUGUCCUGGAUAACCUUUUCAGAGUAGGUUUUCUGUGAGUUGUCUCGCGAAUUGAGAAGCUUCUUCUCCUCAUCGGAAUUGAUGUAGAAAAGUUUUUGGUAAGUGCUUGUUUUUAGGCUAUGAGAGAGCAUAUGAAUAGCCUUAGCACCUAGUGCUUCGGCUUCGUUCCGCGUGCAAGGCGGCUGAAUACAUAUCAUAUCAUGUAACCAACGUUUAUAAAAUAUUGAGCAAACAAAUUUUACCAGUGAAUCGCUUGUCAGUUUCCUUGGGACUCGAACCUGCUAGGACUACCAUUAAUGUCCAUGAAAUGUUGAUUAACAUGCCUCCCCAAUUGUUUAUGAUCAUCCUUGUUCCAAUACGAAUACGUACAACAACAUGUUGAAUGUUCUCGUGAAGCUAAUACGAGGAGAGUGGACGCGCAGUCAGGUGGUCAUCUCGUAUCUUUUGAUCACCACAGAAGAUAGUUUGACCACAAACAUCAAAUCAAAAAACAAGUAACAAGUAGUUCUUUUUUUUCUAGCUGCGUUUGUUUCUCCUAUAGUCGACGUUUAGUUUACAACAUCAACUGACAAGUAAAAUCAAGUAACCAACAAGUACAAGAUCAAGUCAGCAAACAAAAUGAAACUGUCUGCGAAAACUCGUUACGGUGCUUCUUCUGUGGCACCCCGUUUUUCCCUUAGUUGGUGCUUGAGCUUGUUGCUGGUUUCUUUCAGCUCUAUGACGUCCUCUUUUUUUUGGAUCGCUACAACCUCAUCUUCUCUCUCUUUCUCGCCCUGUGGAGUUUCUGCUUUGUCGUUGAAGAAAAAGAAGAAGAUGUUUGGAGGUGGCGCUGGUGGUGGUUAUGCAAUUGGCGGACCUCAUCAAUUAAGGCUAUUUUUUCACUAUCUCAGGGUCAGGUGAUUGAACUACGCUGUCUGAGCGGAGUCCCUUUUGGUCUUGACUUAUUUAGGGGAAAGUAGGGGGAAAACGGGGAACGAACCUACUCAACCCGGCAUAGUAAAAAGUAGCGUUAAAUCAAGCAGGACCUUCGCAGGAGGGAGGACAGUUCCAGCGAUAUACGCAACUCCAGGAUAGAGAUGGCAAUCCCAUUAUCGUGCAGGCGCCGUUUGAUCCGACUAGAAAGUUCGUGCGCGAUGCAGCAACUGUUGUCCAACCUCCACCUCCAAUCAUGCAGCAAGGUAACCAGCACCAAUUCAUGCAGAAUUGCCCUGUUGCGGCCGCCUACCAGUCUCCAUCUCCAGCGAACGUCGCACUAGAUAUGGUGACUUCGCAGCAUAACCAGCAACAGCAAGGACAUCUUCAAGGCGGAGGGGUUGCUGGACCCGAAGGCGCAGGAGCUGGUGCCUCAUCGAAAUCGACAUCAUGUGCUGGUGGGAUUUCCUCUUGUUGUGGUGCUUUUCGAGGUAGUACUCUUUUUAAGGGUAGGUUAAUGGUGCUUUUGUUACCGUUUGUUGUGGCUCUCCUAAGGGGGACAGCCAUAACAAACGGGACAUUAAACGAACACCAAAAACGAACCUACCUCUAAUACUAUACAAAUAGCUCCUACUAGUGCGACGAGAUCAUCUUCUCCAACCACGACUGGGACUGAUCGCUGUUCGUUUCAGGCGUUUUCGGCGCUGUGCUGUAGUCUCGGAGGUGGGUUUUGUUGUAGUCCUAAACAAACAGCCGAACAGUAUGAGGAAGUUGAUACGCCGACGCAUCCAGGAGAUGAAGAACACACAGUCCAAGGCAGAAACAUGAUCAACUGUGGAGCUAUUACUGCGAUGUGUGACAGAUCGAAGGCGAGGAGCAAUGGAGCUUCCUGUUAAGGCUGAAAUGAAGAAUUCAUCCUCCCCAGCAUAUUCUGGUUCCGUUUUAUAUUUCUGUUGUAUAUAAUAGGUAAGAGUGCUGGUAGCUGGUGGUGAAAUAAUCCACUCCCCUGACGCAACAUUAAUGGUGAAACAGGGACCAAGAAAUAAUAAUUUGUGGCAGUUCUAAUCUUGGGGCAGCUGUGCUAGUGGCGGUUCUGCUGCCUCUUUUCUCACAAAAUGCUGCGCAGCUGGAAAGCUACAGCAGGAUCAGGGUCAGGCUAACAUUAAGGGUAGUUUUUCAUGAAGUCCUGUGUGGCGUAUCCUGAGUUAAAAGCUGCUAGAAUGGGAAAUCUGGGGAAGACAGCAACACGCUCGACCACGGAUGGUGAGAAAUACUUAACUACUACUGCUACUAACAUUAGCAAUCCCGUUUCUGCUGAUCCCGCAGGAGUUGCGUACUACUCUGGUACGACUCGUCCCGGCCAAGGAGGCCCGCAGAUGAUUGUCCAAUUACGGAUUUGUUGAUCUUCUUGAAGAUGCAUGGAUUAUAAUCUUCUACCUCUACUUCUACUUCUACGUCUAGUUAAUACCUCUCUGUCGUGCAAGCACCAGCACGAAGACCUGUAGAAGGUUCUUCAUCGCCUUCGCAUCUUCUAAUUUACCGUGGUGCAGCUUCUCAUUCUUUCGUUGGUAUGCCAGCAGCCUAUGACGGCACUCAGGGUACUUUCGCUGCCGGCAUCCCGACUAUCCUUAAGGUUACAAUAAAUCCAUCUUGCUUCCCGAACAUAUUGGUCUCGUUUUUCAAGGGAAAACGGGGACUAAGAUGCUCAGCAAGAUGGAUUUACUCAAGGUCUAACAUUCAGGGCGCGCCAUCACCUUAUGCCGUUGGCGUCAUCGCACCUUCUGCGGGAUACGCCGGACAAGGGGGACCAGUGUUCGUUGGUGGAACUGGCAGUGCUGUGAAUCAGUAAUGAUUACUAUCAACAUCAAUUAUACAUAACUUCGAUAGGGAUAGAUAAUCAUAUUGAUUAUUAAUGUCAAACUUCUUUUCCACUUUGAAGCUAGAUAAUCAUAUUGAUCGUGCCAAAGAAACUUGAAGAGCCUCGCUCAACUCUCUUGAAGAUAACGACGAAUUACAUUGAGCUACAUAAAGACUAUUACGACAAAAAAGUUUUAGACGUCAAAUAAAUUGGUUGCAAUUCCUCAUACGUGAACUCAUGAUAGUCAAACAUGUCCUCAAUCUCAAAUAGUCAAAAUUAUAUUUUUAUUGUUCAAUUGCUGGGUCAGCAGCAGCACACAAAUCAAUACUCAAACUCAUGCUUGAAAUUUAAUUGACUCACCUAUUGUUUUCAGAGAAUACAGGCGAAGACCGUCGUGAUCUCUUAUUGUUUUUGGAUUACAUUAGUGUUAGUGGUACAAGAACAUGAUGUGUAUGUCAAAAGAGAAGCAGCACGGCCAAGGUAUGAUGCUUUCUCAUGAACGAAGGCGUCUUCUUACAUGAUGAAGUUGUUGCGAAGUGACUGAAAACAUACGUACCGUGAAGAUGACGAUGAGUGGUUCUCACAUGUGUCUGUUACUGUGUGGAGGUCCACCUAAGUAAAGAACAUUGCCUCUAGCAUGGCUAAAAAUGUGACCUCCACCACCUUCAAUAUUCUAUUGUCGCCCCCUCAGUGAGCAAAAUCACUCAACACCGAGAGAGCCCAACUUGUGUCUUUUCAUUCUCUCGUGCUACUCAGGUGCCACGCCUGGGCCUGGCCUAUCUAAUUUGCCAGCCAGCAAGACUUACAACAGGUCAUCACUCUGUUCGAAAGUGAUGCUUUAUUUUGCAAAAGAUCCUCGAU